AUGAAUCAUAAUAAAAUUAAUUCUCAUAUAUCUGUAAAAGAUGAUGGGAUGAAAAACCCUGAAACCCAUAAUAAAUAUGGGAUAUAUAAAUGUAACAAUGAACAAACUUAUAAAACAUAUGAUGAUAAAGAUACUCCUAAUUAUAUAAAUAAUUUUUAUGAUUGUUUAGAUACUUUCUGUGAUAAUGUAGGAGGUAAAAAUGAGUUUGAAAAAAACAAAGUCAUAAUGAAAAGUGGUAUUACAAAUGUACAUAAAAAUUAUGAUAACACAUUUAAUAAAAAUAGGAAUAGUGUAAUAUCCACAAAUAAUAGAAACAGUGCAUAUAGAAAUGAAACAAUCAAUAAACAUUAUAUAUCAAACAGUGUUCCUAAAUAUUUUAAUAAUAACUUAUUAAUUGAUGAAAGUAUAUUUAAAACUCAAGAUAAAGAUAACAAUGAACAUAUUAGAAAUAUUCGGAAUACAUCUUAUAGUGAAAUAAAAUAUCCAAAUUAUAAUUACUCAAGAAGAGAUACAGAACCAAAAUAUCGUAUGUCCAAUGAAAGGAUAUAUUCAUAUAAUAACGAUAAUUACAUUAAUCCUCAUUUAAAAGAUAUUUAUUGUAAUAUAAGUAAUUCUCCCCGUAAUAAUAGAGAUAUGCAUUUACAAAUAAGAGAUGAAAAUUGUAGAUAUGUUGAAAAGUUUUAUACAAAUACAAGUUAUCAAAUAAAAAAUGGCAAAGAAAAGGAUGCAUAUAAUAAUAAUUACAAUAAUAAUAAUAACAACAACAACAACAAUAACAAUAAUAAUAAUGUUGGUUAUUAUAAUUAUCAUGUUUAUAACAAGGGUCUUAAUUUUUAUGAAGAAUCCAUAAAUAAUAAUAACCAGUUAAAACAGUAUAGUAAUAUACAUUCCUUAAAAAGUAUAGAUGGUGAUCAUUAUUCCCAUCUGAAGUGCACUUCAAAAAGUUUUAAUGAUAAUAGAAAUAUGAACAAUUAUCAAGAUCAAAAUAAACAUCAUAAUAAUUCUUAUGAUGCUACAAGAAAGGAAGGUAGUGAAAAGCAGUAUCAUCUGUAUCAAAAGGAAAAUAUAAUUCCUUUUAUAGAAAAUAAACAUAUUAUAAAUGAUCCAAUUAUUAAAAUACAUGAAAAAGAUAUAACAAAUUAUCAAAAUAUAGAAUAUCUUGAAAAUAAUGAACAUAUUAGAAGUAUAUAUAAAGGGAGAAGUAUUCCUGGUGAAAAUAUGAUGUUCGAAUUUGAUAAGAUAAUAGAAAAAAAGAUUAACAUUUCAUAUACUCAUCAUGAAUAUAUUGUAACAAAUAAAAAUAAACCUAUUGAAUACAACAAAGAUGAUUUCUAUUUUUGUAAAGAUAAAGAAAAUAGUGAAAAUAUAAUGAAAUGUGAUAUAAAAAUAAUGAAGGAACGCGAUGUUACACAUAAUAUAAAUGAUACUUCAAUAAAUCCUGAACAAAAAAAAACAUUCAUUAGACUUCAGAAUGAUAAUAAUUUAUAUAAUGAAUAUGAUAAUUAUGAUAAUGAUAUAAACAUGUUCAUAAAUAAAAUUUAUAAAAAUAAUAUGUACCAUAAUGAAAGGAGGCAUAGAUUUAGUGAAUAUCAAAUUUAUAAGAAUUCGAACGUAAUGUAUUUAAAUAAAAGUGAUAAUAAACAAAAGCUAAUGGAAAAUAUAAAUUGUAAUUAUGAAAAUUUUAAUUCAAAAAAUAAUGCAAGUUUAUUACCUGUUCAGGAAAAUAGAAAAUAUGAUAAUGGAUUUUAUAUGAACAGUCAGAAAUAUAUGAAAAAUAUUAUAAAAGAACCUGCACAGUCAGAAGGUUCAUUUUGUUCUUACCAGAAAGAUUAUCAAAAUAAUAAUAAUGGAAAUAAAGCUAGUACAAUUAAAGAAUUAUAUAUUAACAUGAAACAAAUAUGUAAAGAUGAUUAUGAUGUAAAUGAAAAAAAAAAAAAAAAUCAAGAAAGGAAAGAAUGUAAUGUUAAUUAUUUUCCAUAUAAAACAAGUGCAUAUGAAGAUAAAACAAAUAAUACCACAAUGAAUAUGUUAAAAAAAGUAAGAACAUAUAGUCAUACAUCUUCAAAUCAUUUUUUAAAUAAUUCUUAUGUAAAUAAGAAUAUACAAACUACUUUUCAAGAUUAUAAACAAAAUGUUGAUCAUAAUUCAUGUGGAUAUAUUGUGCAAAAUGUGGAAGACGAUUAUAUGAGCAAGUUAAAUAAUUUGUCACCAAGGAAAGAAAAAAUGAAUAUGGAACAUUUAAAAAAAAAAAAGGAGCAACAUAAUAGUAUGCUUUCUUCAGAAAAAAAUUGUUGUUUUAUAGAUAAUAAUAAUGAAACAAAUUAUAAUAGAGUAUCGCUUUUAAAAAAUAUUGAUAAAGAAAAAGAAAUAGAUAAUAUUUCGAAGAAUUUAAUACAAGACAGAAAUAAUAAUUCUUCUUUGGAAUAUCAUAAUUUGAAACAAAAUGGAAACGAUAGGAUUCCAAAAGGGAAAGAUAAUAUAUGUGAUAUUUCAGAUAUUUAUAAUAAAAAUAUAUAUAUAAAUGAAAAUGAAUUUGACGAAUUUGUAGAAAUUUAUGAUAAUAUUAAUAAAGACAUCCAUAAAUCGAAGGAGAAUAAAAAUUUUGAUAUGUAUGAUACAAAUAAUAAGCAUAUAAAAAAUGAAGAAGAUGAAUUUUUAGAAAUUUAUCAUAAUACAAAAGGUAUGGAAAAUAUGGAGAUGGAUGAAUUUUUAGAAAUCACAAAUAAGAGUAAGAAAACAAAAGAAAGUAAUUCUCACGUUGAUGAGUUUGUAGAAAUCAUAAAUAAGAAUAAGAAAACAAAAGAAAGUAAUUCUCACGUUGAUGAAUUUGUAGAAAUCAUAAAUAAGAAUAAGAACAUAAAUGAAAAUAAUUCUCACGUUGAUGAAUUUGUAGAAAUCAUAAAUAAGAAUAAGAACAUAAAUGAAAAUAAUUCUCACGUUGAUGAAUUUGUAGAAAUCACAAAUAAGAAUAAGAAUAUAAAUCAAAAUGAUGCUCAUGUUGAUGAAUUUUUUGAAAUUAUUGAAAGUACACAAAAGAUGAAAAAUAAUGAAAUCGAAUUAGAUGAAUUUUUUGAAAUUAUUGAAAGCACACAAAAUAUGAACAAUAAUGAAAUCGAGUUAGAUGAAUUUUUUGAAAUUGUUGAUAAAACGAAAAAUGUAAAUAAUAAUAAAGAUGUACCAGUAUAUAUAAAUUUAGAGAAGCAUACUAAAGAUGAUAAUAUAAAUAAAAAUAGUUUUAUGAACAAUAUACCCAUUGAAAAUGUUUUAGAAAAGGAAGCCAAUAUAAAUAUCGAUUUUGUAAGAGAAGAAGAAAAAGAUACAAUAAAAUCAUUUUCUAGGAAUUAUACUUAUAAUACCAAUGCUUUUUCGAAUGAAGAAAAUGAUAUAAAUUUAUUACACUUUUAUGAUGCAUAUGAAACAACAAAAGGAGAUAACAAACAAUAUAAAUCAUUUAUGUAUGCGUCAGGAAAAGAAGUUAUUAUAAAUAAAGAUAUAUUAAAAGAAAUGAAAGAAAAGUUAUUCGAAGACGAUAAGGAUACUAAUUAUUCAUCUGAUGAAAAUAAUAAAGGAGAUAAUAAAUACAAUAAAGAAUUAACUGAAAAAAUUGUAGAAAAGGAUAUCAACUUAUAUAUGGAUCGUAUAAAUGAGGAAAAAGAUAUAUUAAAACCAUUUCCUAGAAAUUUCACAUGUAAUACAAAUGUAUCUUCAAAUGAGGAAGCUAUAAUAAACUUAUCUGAGUUAUGUGAUAUUAAAGAAAAGGUAAAGAUAGCAAAUGAACAAAACAGAUCUUUUACCUAUGCAUCUGGCAAGGCUAUUCAUAUAAAUCAAGAUAAAUUGAAAGAGAUGCAUGAAAAAUUGUUUAAUGAUGAUGUUUAUUCAGAUAAUAAUAAUAAUAAUAAUAAUAUUUCAUAUGAAAAAUAUGUGAAGAAGAAGAACAAAGAAUUGAAUACACCUUUUAUAUACACACCAGGGAAAGAUGUUAAUGUAAAUAAGGACAUAAAAACAGACAUGGAAGAAAAAAUAUUUGAUGAUGAUACUAAUGAUUCAUAUGAAGAAAAUAUGAACAUUGAUAAUAAAGAAUUAAAUACUUCUUUCACAUAUGCGUCAGGAAAGGCGAUUAAUAUAAAUAAGGACAAACUAAAGGAAAUGAAACAGAAACUGUUUGACGAUGAUGAUUAUAAUAAUAAUUCAUGUGAAGAAUAUAAAAACGAAAAAAAUAAUAACUCAUUAUAUACAUCUUUUACAUAUGCAUCAGGAAAGGAGGUUAAUAUAAAUAAAGAUAAAUUAAAGGAGAUGAAACAGAAAUUAUUUGACGACAAUGAUGAUUAUAAUAAUUAUGCCAAUGAACAAAAUAAGAAUGAUCAUAAUAAACAAAUAAAUACAUCAUUCACGUAUGCAUCAGGAAAGGAGGCUAAUAUAAAUAAAGAUAAAUUAAAAGAGAUGAGACACAAAUUGUUUGACGAGGAUGAUGAUUAUAAUAAUUAUGCGAGUGAACAAAAGAUAAGGUCAUCAAAAAAAAAUAUAUUAUAUGCUUCACAUGAUUCCGAGAAAAGUAGAAAAGUAAUAGAAGAUAAAAUAUUAAUAGAAAACGAAAGGGAACAUAUUGAUGAUAAUAAAAAUGGUCAUGAAAAAAAUAUAGAACAAAAAUGUGUAGGAAGUUUAUCAUGUGAGGAUAGAAAUAAAGGUUCAGAAGAUGGGGAUAUGAAAAAAUCGAAAGAACAGGAAUUAUACGAAUUAGACAAAUAUGAUGAUUAUAUAAAUAAAAAAGAAGAAUUAAAUAAAGAUGAUAAAAAUUUUAGAUUGUUAGAUAAGUCUACUUUACAGAUGAAUAAAAAGAGAAAGAUAAAAUUUGAUAAUAUUUCAAAAUCUAAAAGAGACUUUAUAAAUCCAAGGCAAAGGAAACAAAUAAAGAUAUUGGAAGAAGAAAAGAAUAUGAAUAUUUAUAAUAAAAAUAAUAAUACAAAUAAUAACAAUAAAAGUAAGAAAUUAAACUUGAAUAUUAAUGUAAGAAAUUAUUUAAAGUUAAUAAAAGAGAAUCUUUUAAAUAUAUCAAUAAAAAAAAAUAUAAAAGAUUGUAAGUUGACAAAUACAUUCAUAUAUAUAAAUGAAAAUAAGACUCCUUUUCAUUUUCAUUGGUUCAAGGACGAUUACUUAUAUUUUUAUAAGAAUAAAGAAACUGAGGAAUAUUAUAUAUGCGAUAUAAAUAUACUUUAUGAAUUAUUCAUAUUGACAUUGAAAGAAAUGAAUUUAUUUGAUAUAUAUGAUUUUAAUUGGUUUUACAAAAAAUAUAAGUUGAUUAGUACAUCUAUGAAUCGUACAUAUAGAAAGAAUUUAAAGGAGAAUUAUAAAAGCAUAAAGAAGGAGAUUAUUAAUAAAAUUGUAAGGAAUAAUCAUUGUUAUAAAGAAGCUCAUAAAGGUAUACAUAAUAAUUUGCAUAAAAUUUUGGUACCAAAAGGAUAUAAGGAAAGAAUAUAUUUGAAUAAUGAAGAAGAGAGAAAAAAUGAUGAUAACACAUGUAAAGAGUCAAAUAAUUAUGGAAUAGAAAAUGAUGAAUUUAUAGAUAUAAAAAAUUUAGAUAAGAUAAAAUUGAAUGGAGAAAAUGAUUUUAUGGAUAAUCUAAAUAAAAUGGAAUAUAAAGAAUUAAAAAAAAAGAAUUAUAUGAAAAUGAUAAUUAAAAGUAUUGAUGAAACAGAAUCACCUUGUCCUUUGAAAUUUAUGUAUAAAUUAUUAAAAAGAUAUUUAGAAGAAAAGAAUAAGAAAAAAAGUAUUUUACAAUUACUAAAGGAUAGAUCAGUAUCUUCUAAAAUAUCUAUGAAUUUAAGAGUUGAAGAAAUUAUAAUAGAAGAAAAAAAAAAAAUAAUAAAAAAUAAUAACAAUAAAGAACAUAAUAAUAGUUUUAAUGAUGAUAUAUAUGAUGGUGAUAUCUAUAAUUAUGAUAACCAUAACAUUGUCUUAAUUUUAAGUGACAAUUUUGAUUAUAUACAUUGUUAUGUAAAAGAUUCUUAUUUAAAAAAUUUCAUAAUAUCUGAAAAAAUAAGAAAGGGGAAUAUACUAAAAAUUAACGCUUUAGAUAUAUAUAACAAUAAUAUGGAAGAAGGAAAAGAAAAUCAUGGUAUAAAUAAAAUAUAUUUUCUUUUAUCUAGUAAUGAUUUAAUUGAAAUAGAUAAAAAGGAUCAACUAAAAAUUGGGUUCACAAAAUAUAAAGCUAAAAAGAUACGAUGUAUCCAAGAUUUUGGUAGUACUUGUUUUUUUAUAGAUGCUAUAAUGAUAAGUAAAAGUGAUUUUUCAUAUGGAUUUUAUGAUCAAGUAAAAAAAAAAUAUUAUCUUUUAAAUAGAAAUAUUUAUGAAAAGCUCAUAUACAAUUUAAAGAAUGAAAUAACCAAAAUGUUUCAUGAGGAAAAUUUUAAAGAAAAUAGUGAAUAUAUUAGAAUGAAAAAUGAAUUAACAAUGUUUCUUGAGGCAACACCAUUUUGCACAAUACAAGCUAUUGAUUAUUCUUCCUUAGAGGGGAUAAAGGAUACGGAUUCUUAUGAGGACAAAAUAGGAUAUUUGAUCAAUUCGUUAUGUCAAAUAAAAAUGUUCAAGAUUGAUGAGGGAACCUAUGAAAGUCUAAGGAAAGGAAGCCGAAUACAAUUAUUCAAUGUUUUCGUUCAAAAAUCAAGUAAUAAUAAUAAAUUUAAUCAAUUUUUGGAUGACCAUGUUUUAGAUGAUUUUCUUUUUAAUACAUUCAAUGGAAAGAUAAAUGGGGAUGAUAUAAAAAGAGCUUUAAAUUAUGAUAUGUUUGAAUCUCGUUUUUUAAAAGAUAUUACAAAAAGAAAUAAUGAUGAUAUUAUAUAUGAUAAAAAAUAUAUAGAAUGUAUACAUACAUCUGUUUUAAAAAAGAAACAUUAUACACCUAUAGUAUUUCAAGCUCUUCAUUCAACAUAUAUAAAUAUAGAUGACAGAUAUAAAAGUAAGUUAUUUGAACAGCUAGAAGAUGUUUUGAAAUUACAAAAUUAUAUGCAAUUAAAAACAGAUGAUAGUAUAGUAACAAAAGAAACAAAAGAAACAAAAGAAACAAAAGAAAUGAAGAAAAAAGUAUAUCCAUCAUUUAUAUAUACUAAUAUAUAUAAAAUACCAGUAUUAUCAAGUGUACAUUUUCAUAUAUUCAAAAAUUAUAUCAAAGAAAAUAAUAGUGAAAGCAAAAUAUAUUUUGAUUUAAUACAAGGAAAUUUAUAUUAUAUAUCUGGUGUUGUUAUACAUUAUACGGAUAUUGAAAUUAAGGAUAUUAUUGAUUUCAAAUAUGCACAAGAGAAGAAAAAACUUUUAAACUAUAAAAUAUUUCUGUUGACUUCUAAUGGACAUUUGUGUUGCGUAAAUGUAUCCAUGACAUGUCCAGAUUUUUUAAUAUCCUCAUGUAAAAAGGAUUAUGAAAACAAGGAAAGGGAAAUAUUGAAAAAAAUGAUACAUGUGUAUUGUGUAGAGAAAAAAAAAAAUAAUGAGGUUGAAAUAAAUAAUUCAAAUAAAAAAAGAAACGAAACGAAUACUUAUAAGAGCAAUAAUAUUCAUAAGAAUCAUAAGGAUUUAUUUAAUUAUUUAUAUAAAACAGAGAAUACAAAUUAUGAAGAAGGUUCCUCCUCUAAAUAUGAUAUAAAUUUCAAAAAUUUUGAUAUGGUUUUAUUUUUUAAAGAUAUUGAGUUUAUAAAUUAUGAUGACAAAAAUGACAUUUUUAACUUUAGGUCAUACACUCAUCCGCAUUUUGACAGCUUAAAAAUGUAUUCAAAUGAAUUUAUUAAAAUGAAAGGGAACAUGGAAGAUUUAAUAAAACUAAAUUAUUUGACCUUUGAAAAAAAUAAAAUUGUAAUUAAACUAGAAGAUCGUUGUAAAAUAAAAGUGGAUAAAAAUAAUAUAUCGUCUAUGCAUUUUUUAUAUUUGUUAAUUUAUUCGAAAUGUAAAUCUAUUGAAUUAACUGGAGUAUGUGUAGAAAAUAAUUAUUUAUCCAUAUUUUUAAAAAACAUAUGGAAUAUAUUUGUUCCAUAA